AUGCAGCAGCCCUACGGUCCGAACCAGCCCCAAGGGCAGUAUGGCCGCGGUGGAGGACCUCAGCAGGGUGGUAGAGGCGGCUACAAUGCGGCUCGGGGAGGCAAUAUGCAGGGGCGUGGUCGCGGUGGGGGGUCGAUGGGCAUGAACAGGGGGACGAACCGCGGACGGGGAGGCGGGGGCUACAACAACAUGGGUGGACGAGGAGGAGGGAAUCAGGGUGGAGGAGGUGGCAGCUUCCGUGGACAAGGCUCGAAUCGCGGCGGUUACGGCAACAGGGACAACCGGCGCGGCGGCGGUUCGUUCAGCAACAACCAAAGCUACUCGCACGGCCACCAGCAACACAGCCAGCAAAACUACAAUAACAACCACCAGAACCAGUCGCACCAGUCGUACCGGGGUCGCGGGCAAGGAUAUACGCACUCGAAUCGCGGCGGUCGACACGGCGACAAUGCUUCUACGAGCAGCCGCGACAACAUCAGCACGACGUCUGGCAAUUUUCCUCCUAGUAAGCGAGACGAGAACAAAAGGACGCUGACCGACUUCAAGAUCGUCGGUCUCAAAAUCCCCGAAUUGCACUGGGUAUGGGGAUCGAUUCCUGACGCUGUUGACCCAGCGGCGGUCAAAGAGGAGGUCAAGCCUGUUGCUAUAGUUCCCUCUGAUGCGCCUACGGCUGUCCAGCCAUCUGAUGGAGCCCCUCCAGCGACCGCUGAGGGUACCAGCACUGGUGCGGAGGCCGUGGCCGCUGCUAUUCCUGCAUCUACCGCUCCGGACGCGUCUGCUGUGAAGGCGGAAAUUGAAGCUCUGCUUCCCCCGCCCCCCUCGCGGGUCCGGAUGUACUUCCACACGCCUGUUUCUCCUGAUGACGCGCAUCCUAUUUCUCAGUCUAGCUAUGCUUCGUCGCUUCCGAAUGCGCGGAAGGGGAAGCGCAAGAAGCUCGAGGAUGAUGAUGGCGAUUAUGAGGAGGGUCGUGGCGCUCCUCCUCCUCCGCCUCAUGCUGGUGGGGAGUAUGACGGUGCGGGCCGCGAUAGCGUGGCCCCGAGCGUCGCCGAGACGACGAGCGAGGGCGAUUGGUUGAUGGCUGCCAUUGGCGAAGAGGAAGGUGACGGCGAAGGCGGAGAUCAUCUCCAUGUCAGGGAUGGACACGAUGCUGAUCAAACAAUGGGCGACGAGGAUGCGCAGGGCUCAGAAGUGGGCCCUGAUGACGAGCACUACCCGAGUUACGUUCCUAAUGGCGCGCAUGAUACCGCCGACCAUCCUCUGGUCAAUGGCGACGGCCACGCCGAUGCGCCUUCUGACUCUCAGGAGCGAGAAGGCGGCGCUGUCCCGGCCCCUCCUGCGCAAGCUAACACAAACCAGAACUCGCAGGACACUGUCUCUUCUACGCCUCCCCCCGCUGCGAACGAGAGCGCGCCUCCUCCAGAUGCACCCCCUGCUGCAGCGUCUACCGACGCUCCAUCGCAGAGCACUGGUCCAAAUGGUGAUGUUUUGCAAUCUGCGCCUCCUGCUUCUCGUGCCACGCCGCUGCGGGCGAUGGAUUCUCUUGCAUCUACUGUUCCGGACAUGAACCAAGAGCAGGCUCAGAUCUCUCCUUAUGCUUCUACUGUCAUCGAAGGCGGCGAUGGCGUUGAACAACACGACUCCGAGUCGACGCAGCCCGCGUACGACGAGAAUGCGUAUGGCGCUGAGAAUCCUCCUGGCUUCGGCACCUCCUCGACUGCCACUAAUGUUCUCGGGGAGAAGAUUCCUUCCGCGAAUCGUUUGUCCGUGUCCUAUGCGGGUGCCACGAGGAGACUCGUCAUCGAUGCGGAGGUUGUGCCGAAACUGAAGGUGUACAGAGCUGAAGGCCGUAUUGAGGUGACCAUUGUACUGAUGGCCGAUGAGCGCGGCGGUUUCAAGGGCAUUGCUAUGGAAGGAUGUUCUGAAGAAAGCACUUACAUCUCUCUCGAGCUCUCAGAGCAAUUGGAGAACGACGUCACCGUACCGCCUCUCUGGAAGGCCAAGAUUCCGUCAGAAGUUCAGCUCGUCCUCUACUUGGACAAGGAGAAGCCGCUAUCGGAGCCUCGGUGGGUGAAGACUGGUGACGUCCAAGAAUGGCUGCGAAGCAUGUUUGGGCGCAUGUUCUGGGUCGCCGGAGAUGCAGCCGAUGGCUGGGAGAAGAGAGUGGAGGUCGUUGACCCUGAUCCGACCCCUACCAUCUGGACGCUUUUGGAAUCUUGGGCGAGCAACUCGAACGUCGGACAGCUCACCGAGCGUCAGCGCUUCCUGCGCACACACAUGGCUGAGACCGACAACAUCCUCGAAAUCCUCCUCCGCCUUGUGCGCGGCGAGCGGUCGACGUUCACGCAGAACGCGCCUAUGACGCCGCCGUCUGUCUCGGGCCCGCUCCUGUCCGCCCUCUCCCCCGGCUCGGCGCACGGCGCUCAGCAGACACACGUCUCGCUCGCUGUGCUGGCGAUCUUCCGCCUCACCGUCGAGUACGCCAAGAAGGCCGCAGGCGACAAGGGGAAAGGCGAGGCCGAGGAGCGUGUGGGCGAGAUCAUCCGGAGUCUGCCCUCCCACCUCAUCUACAAAAGUUUAGACGGUAUCUUCAAGGAAUGGCGAGUAGAGAAAAAGGGUGGCCGAGUGUCAACCUAA